UAAGCAGCAUCAGUUUACCAUUAUAAAGCCAAAGCACAUUAGUACAGGUUCAGAUGAAGUUUAUUGUUUAGGUGAGUCCACUAGUACUAUUUUAACAUUUAUGCUCAUUUGGUUCCAGGUAUACGUCCACAAAUAAUGAAUGGCCCUUUGCAUCCUCGUCCAUUGGUGGCUUUACUAGAUGGAAGGGAUUGUACAGUGGAGAUGCCUAUUUUGAAGGACUUGGCUACUGUUGCAUUCUGUGAUGCUCAAUCUACUCAGGAAAUACAUGAAAAGGUUUUAAAUGAAGCUGUCGGAGCAAUGAUGUACCACACUAUCACUCUCACCCGGGAGGACCUAGAGAAGUUCAAGGCCUUACGAGUCAUUGUUCGGAUAGGCAGCGGUUAUGACAACAUUGACAUCAAAGCUGCAGGGGAGCUUGGGAUUGCUGUUUGCAACAUCCCCUCUGCAGCAGUUGAAGAAACGGCCGAUUCCACCCUGUGUCACGUCCUGAAUCUCUACAGGCGGAACACUUGGCUUUACCAAGCUCUGAGAGAAGGAACCCGAGUACAGAGUGUAGAACAGAUACGGGAAGUGGCUUCCGGAGCAGCCCGUAUUAGAGGCGAAACACUUGGUCUGAUUGGAUUUGGUCGCACUGCGCAAGCAGUAGCUGUUCGAGCCAAAGCAUUUGGAUUCAAUGUGAUCUUUUAUGACCCAUACCUGCAAGAUGGCAUAGAAAGGUCCCUGGGGGUCCAGCGAGUCUACACACUCCAGGAUCUGUUGUACCAGAGUGACUGCGUAUCAUUACACUGUAACCUCAAUGAACACAAUCAUCACCUGAUCAAUGAUUUUACGAUUAAGCAGAUGAGGCAGGGAGCAUUUUUGGUAAACACAGCCCGUGGUGGUCUGGUGGAUGAAAAGGCCUUAACCCAAGCUCUGAAGGAAGGGAGGAUACGAGGGGCAGCACUGGAUGUCCACGAAUCAGAACCAUUUAGCUUUGCUCAAGGGCCCCUGAAAGAUGCACCCAAUUUAAUUUGUACACCACAUACUGCUUGGUAUAGUGAACAGGCGUCACUAGAGAUGAGAGAAGCUGCUGCAACAGAGAUACGCCGAGCUAUCACAGGUCGCAUCCCCGAAAGCCUACGGAACUGUGUGAACAAGGAAUUCUUUGUCACAACUGCUCCUUGGUCAGUAAUAGAUCAGCAAGCAAUUCAUCCAGAGCUCAAUGGUGCCACAUACAGAUAUCCACCGGGAAUGAUGAGUGUUACUCCAGGUGGAAUUCCAGCAGCUAUGGAAGGUAUCAUCCCAGGAGGGAUUCCAGUUACCCAUAAUCUUCCAACUGUGGCACAUCCUUCCCAAGCUCCAUCUCCAAACCAGCCCUCAAAACACGGGGACAACAGGGAACACCCAAAUGAGCAAUAGCAGACAAUUGAAAGCACUCCAAUUUGGGACCAAGAGACGUUGGAAAAGAAAAUGACAAACUGAAAGGAAUUUGAUACAAAAUUUGUAAGGUUAAUUUUGGACAGACGCAUCAUGAUGUUCCAGUGUUAACAACAACAAAAAAAUUAAAAGAUAGGAGUCAAGACUUAAGGGAGGGAGGGGGAAACUGAAGAAGUCAUCUGCUUACUGAAGCACUGAAAACUAGGAUUUGAUAACAUUACUGAUCAGCUUCUGUUAUUGUGUAUUUAAGUUCCUUCAUCUUUACAUCAAUCACAAGAAUAAUAUAUGUAUCUUCUUUGUCCCUUUGGGGAAAAACAGCUGAUUGAAGUAUCUACUACAUAGAGCAUGUCUAACAGCCCUAACAAAGCUUACAUGAUAAUGGAGAGGAAACCAUCCUGUGACUUCAGCCCUUUCCUUACUCAGUCACCUGGCUCCUCUUUCUAUAGCUUGAGGAAAGAUGACCCACAAAUGGGGAGACAGUUUUGCUUGUUACGGUUAUAUAUGGCCACUGAUUUACUGGAGGGGUGCUACUCAAGUUUAAUUACAGUUAUAUAGUUUGGGGAGGGGAAAAGGCCUGUGUUAACUUACUGCCUUUUAAUUGCAGAAAUUGACGCUUCUCCUACAAGAUACACAUAAUAAAGUAGCUGUAUGUUCAAUAACACAAGUUGAUGAUGCAAAAAAGUGUUAAGUCUCACAUUUAUAUUCAGAUAUAUUUUUCUGUUUUCAAUCCACAGCUAUUUUAUUGAGUGGAAAAGUCUUGAGCUGGAAAGGAUUCAAGAAUGUUGCAUUUCCUUAUGUCUCAGGAAAAAACACUUUUUAUGGUAACUUGUCAGACUGUAUGAACAAAACCCACUUUUUUAGACAUUAAAGUCUUCUUUUCUUCAUGUGAUAUUUUAUACAAGAACACUUCAAAAUGUGUUAUUAGAUGUGACUGAUUUUAACAAAUCCUAUUAGAUUUGUAUCAACUAGCUACAUGUUAUAUUCAUAGUCUUUUGUGAAUCAUCACCUUUUUGUUGAAAAAGAUGGCCUAUUCUGAGCCUUUGUAUGGGUACAUUCCUGUUUCUGUGAUAAAAGUUUUAAAAGCUGUCCCAAACAAAACAAAACCAGAACCAAUGGCUACCAGAAGUAUGUUUUGUUUUAGUGUAUUACCGUUAUUGUAUUUGUUUAUUGUAAAGGUGGACAUAUAGCGUUCAGUGCAGUUUUCAAUAAAAAGUGACAAUUUCUAUAAUUUGAGUUGGACCAGGCCCUCAAUGUUCUUGAACCAAUUCUAAAUGAGAACAUGUUACAGAAUCCUGGAAUAGAAGUAGAUUAAACUUUCAUCCUUCAUAGGCUAUUGAAUAUCUAGGAUAAAACUGGAUGGUGGCUUUGAAUUUCUGAAACAUGCCUCACCCCAGAAAUCAGUAUGCCUAAAAUCUCUGAGAAUCCUUAGCAUUUGGCUGAGAGUUGACAAGGGUGAGCCUGAUUAAACAUCAUUUGGCACUCAGAACUCUCCCAGGAUAGCUUGGAGAAAGUGCUCCUCCCUAUACAUGCAGUCUUUUCCUCAUCACAGCAGAAUGUAAUGCGUAGCGGGAGAAAUAUCGUGUGUCUGAAUGCAAGAUACUCCAAGAGCAAGGCAUUAUAAGCAAAAGGACUAUUCUUGCCCUAGAUGCAGUCUUAAAAGCUUAAAAGCGCCGUUUAGCUGUAUGGAAUUAACAGUAAGGUAAAUGACAUUUUAUACUGGUGAGUAUCAAUUUUUCAUGCCAAGUGUCCCAUAAUAACCUUAGUAAUAUGGAUAAUUAACAGCUAUUUUAUGACCACUGUCCAUUAUGUUGCUGUCAGUAUGAGAGGCAAACUUGUAUUUCAUAUGAGCCACAUAAAUUCAUUGGAGGGCCUUUUCUAGUCAUUCUGAACUUGAACUGUAGUGAAGAUUACUAUGAUUAAAAUAGUUCACAUGUGUUAAAACCUUUAAAAUUGCUAUAGUCACUAUUCUUCCAAAAGCAUAUACUGUGCUAUGUGGGAAAGCAGCUUUAAAUGAAAGGAAAAAUGAAGAACCUUCCAUAAGCUCAAGUGGAGAUACACUGCCCUCUUCUUUCCACAGCAAAAGCUUUGGUCUGUGGCAACAUGCAAAAGAAAACAGAACUUGGUCCAGGCAGAGUCAGUGUAAGUUCAACAAUCACAAAACUAAACUUACAAUCCAGUGUCACAGAACUUCAGUCAUGAAAAUAUACAAGUAUUUGUGGCCAUUAAGAUUUCUGAUACUAUAAUUAGCUUGUCAGUGAACCUUUAAUGUGAUUUGAGUAGACUUAAGGGGAAGGGGACACACACACAAAAUAAACUAUGAAAGCAGAAAUUGAAAACAAAUCAUUGGUACAAAACUUGUAUUUUGUUUUGAGUUGAUGUAAAAGCACAUUACCAGCUUGAACAUAUUCAAGGGAGUCAACUUCUUAAAUGUGUCAAUGACCUAACACUGCAAAUAUGUGUAACUUACCAUAGACACCAGUAUAGAGCAACCAGGAGAAGGAACAUUGAUGAAUUACAGAGAACAUUUAGGAAGUCACACAAAUGAAGGUGAAGUAACAAAACAUUUACACUGGCAUUAGUGAAUUUUUAGAAGCUGCUAUUAUUGGAACUUUGUCCUUAAACCAGGAAGUAGCAUUCCAAAUAGGCAUAAUUAGCAUUCAUGAAAAAUAAUACUUGAAUAAGCCAACCAUGUUUGUUGUAGGAUGUUCUACCAUCAGUGAAUGUACCUGCGUGGAGGCAGUUAAUUCUGUAUUACUUCCAGAUACUAAUUUGAAGGAAAAACUCCCCACUUAAAAUCAAAUAGAUAUGUAGAGGAAACUUUAUGUUUAAAUCUGUAUACCGGUUGCCAUUCUAAAAGUUAUCUAUGAUAAAUCAUAGUUAAACAAUAUAGAAGAUGCAUGCCAUUAAAAGAAUUUAUAAAAUACUGGCGUAAUUCAGAAAGCAUAAUCCACUGUAGUAGAACAAGGCUUUGAAAAAAAUAAUUACCAUACAAAAUGGUGGAGAUGGCGAGAAGGGAAAUCAUUUUGAAGCCAACCCUGGAAGUAGUGGGUUUUGUUUUGUUUUUU